UGAGGAUAAAAAUCGUAUCCACCUGCCAGGGUUGUUGUAAAAACUCAAUGGGUUGAUAUACGUGAUGUACCUGGAACAACGCUUGGCACAUAAUAGGCUUUCAUAUACAGCAUAGGUUUAUUUAAACCUCAAAACAUUCCUAGCAAUAGAUAUCAUUUGGAGACCCAUUUUCAAGAUGAGGAAGCAGGCUCAGUGAGGUAAGGUGAUUCACCUUAGAUCACACAUGAGCAUGUGGGUCAGCCCUGGAAGCCAGAGCUCUUACUCUUAGUAGGCUCUGCCCACUAUACCCUCCCAGCACGCCUGGCCCCGCCAAACGAUUGGAUAUGCAUGCCCUUCCCUGGUCCAGCGACUGCCCACCUGGCUUGGGCCUGGGAAGUGACUCCUGCUUGGUACCCUCCCUCUUCCCCAGAGUUGGAGAUGGCCAAGGCCCGGAACCAACUGGAUGCUGUUCUGCAGUGUCUGCUAGAGAAGAGUCAUAUGGACAGGGAGCGUCUGGAUGAGGAACCUGGGAAGACCUCCUCAGACACCCACAACAAGGAUUGCUCCAUCACAGCCACUGGCAAACGGCCAUCUGCCCGAUUCCCCCACCAGCGGCGGAAAAAGAGGAGGGAGAUGGAUGAGGGGCUGGCCGAGGGAGGGCCACAGCGAUCCAACACCUAUGUGAUCAAGCUGUUUGACCGGAGUGUGGACUUGGCUCAGUUCAGUGAGAACACACCACUGUACCCCAUCUGCCGAGCCUGGAUGCGCAACAGCCCCACAGUGCGCGAGCGUGAACGCUCACCCAGCUCGCCACUGCCCCCCCUACCUGAGGAUGAGGAGGGUUCCGAGGUCACCAACAGCAAGAGUCGUGACGUGUAUAAGCUGCCUCCACCCACAGCUCCCGGGCCACCUGGAGACGCCUGCAGAUCCCGAAUUCCAUCCCCACUGCAGCCUGAGACCCAGGGUACCCCUGAUGAUGAGCCCUCCGAGCCUGAGCCCUCACCCUCCACGCUCAUCUACCGUAACAUGCAGCGCUGGAAACGCAUCCGCCAGAGGUGGAAGGAGGCAUCUCAUCGGAACCAGCUUCGUUACUCAGAGAGCAUGAAGAUCCUACGGGAGAUGUACGAGCGACAGUGAUGUUCCCCUGUCCCCACCCCCAUCCCAAUAAACAUUCCCCUCCUCCACAGUGGUCUCCAUUUGCUACAGCCUAUCCUUCCUGGAUCAGACAUGAAGCAGUUGGCAUAGCUCUAGCACAUUUAUUGGGGGAGUGGGCCUAGGUGGGGGGAUGGGGCAUCAGGGAAUUUGAGGAGGGAGAAAGAUUGUAGGGAAUUAAAGAAAGUGGCUGCUUGGUUGGGUCUUGGAGAAUAAGGGGAGGGGUGGUGUGGUUGGAGAUUUGGGGGGUCAA